GGUCCAAUGACCUCACGGCUGCGUCACGGCCGUUUUGGCUCGCACGCGCCGCCGCACGACAGCUCUUCAAUGCCUCUCAGCAGUGCUGUGCUCCCAGUGUUGCCUCCCCCGAAGUGUGCGGAGAUCGCUUGCAAUGAUUCGUCGUUGUGAAAACAAUGCGAAUGCUGUAGAAACUCCGCUCUACCAUCAAUGCGCUCGAUUUGGCCUCCGUCCUUGUUUUGCUGCCUCUGCAGCCUGCAGGCAGAGUCAGCCUGCAGCCUGAGCCUGUGCAACUCGCCGCAGUUGAAUCGCAACGUCUUAUGGCACGCAUUCGUCGCGUAUAUGCGUGUGCCGUCGCGCUGACCAGCGCUGCCGCCCUGGCGCCGAGAGAGCUGCAGAGGCGUCAGGCUCUGAGCAGUGGUGCAGCAGCUGCGCUCGCCGUCGUCGCGGCACCGGCAUCACCAGCAUUCGCCGUCGACGCAUCGGCAGCGAUCGCCGUCGAGCGGUCGGGCUUCGCGCCGACUAUAAAGGUGACCGGACGGACGUCGCGGUACGAGUGCGGCCGCGGCGUCCGUCGCGGGGCCUUCAUCAAUCGCCGCGUCGAGGAUCGUGCUGGUGAGACACACUUCGACGGUCGCGUUCACGCAGGGAUACGAUCCUCGGCCCGCGCGGCAGCAAGUCUACUGUAGCGAUCGCCUUCGAUUAUCCCUCGACGUGGACGGCCUUCAAAAACAGCGUCGAUGUGAUUGACGGGAACACCGGGACGGUCGCGACGGUGGUCGCCGCGCCCGCCGGCGACCUCGACAGCAAGGCGUUCUACAACUGCAUCUUCUCGCCCGACGGAAAGAUCCAGCGCGCGGGCACGCCUAUUGACGAGUUCAAGGUGCUGUCCGUCCGCGACGGCGUCCUGCCCGGCUACAAGGAAGUCGCGUUCAAGUUCACGGCCGUCUCACCCAACUCGCGCCUCAUCGACCGGCGGGCCGUCGCCACGGCGACGAAAGUAGGCGACACGGCCUACAUCUUCAUCGUCUCCGCGGCGGCUGUCAAGUGGAAGGACGAGCAGGACCGCGUGACUUCCGCGGCGCGGACGUUUACGGCGAUGUGAUAACUAUGUGAAGUCUAUCAUACGAUGUUGUUAUGUCCGAUAGUAUAUACUCA